AUGAGGUUUCAGGCAAUUCUACCAUUCGCUAUUUUACUUUCUGCUUCGCCUGUCACGUCCAGCGAGACGGGUGAUGUCUGGGAUCUUGUCUCAAAUCUUCCACGGGAGCCUUCUGGUGAAAGAUUUAUACACCUAGGCGAUGACGGUGUCUUAAGAUCCUUUAGUGGAUCUGGAGACGUGAUAGCAUACAGACAAUUGGAUCCAGAACAAAUCAAUCAGUACAUUAGUCGCUUCCCAUCGCCGGACAAAGAACACCUUCUCGAGGUCUACAAAGGUGUCGAUGGCCGAAGCGUCACUGAAAUUACGCAACUCGCCCACCCGAACUUGGAGUUACUCCUCCCAGAAGCUGAGGUUUCUGCCUCCAAUUCCUCUAAUCUCCACCACCUGUCGGAGAGCACAUGCUAUAAUUAA